AUGGAGGUCGGAAGUGCUGAUUUACCUGAUGUUCGUUCGGCUUUAGGUUCACCAUUAGCCAAGUCCAUUUACUCCAUUGAUGGGAAUGGGAGAUUUCUUGAACGAAAUGGCGACGCAGCAGCAUUCCCAUUGUCUUACUCUGCUUCGACUUUCACUUCCUCUUGUAGUUUUGCAUUUGACACAAAUGAUCAUCGGUCACGGUCAUCGUUUGGGACAAGUUCAAUGGGGAUUAACAUUGAAUCAAUUAUAUUAAUUGAGAUAUGGAAAUCUGGAUUAGGCUUAUUUGCAUUUGUAAGUGUUUGUCACUGA